AUGCAGGACCCUCGAAGAUUGGACCGCAUUCAACUGGUCACAGAUUCUUCCCCUUUCCAGCAUCUCGCACUUGUGCAGAUGACCACGCUUCAGACACUGUCCGUCGACAUUGAUGGCCUGAUGAAGAUCGUCGAUGCACUCACACUCUUCCGAGACUCAAUUGACCCACCUCUCUGUCCCACACUGACUACGCUACGUAUCGCCAUCUGGAAAGAUAGCGAUUGCGACAUCAUCUCGGACUCGAUCCUCCCGCACCGUGCGCAGCUUGGUGUCAAGCACCUUUAUAUUGGGCUGAUCGAUCCUCAGCCUAGUGAACACUGGAGACCUCGUCAAGCUGUGGAGGACGAAUUGCAUGGCAAAUUCGAGUCGGUGAAUUUCGAGACACUGUUGUAUGCUGGUGAAUACGGCAUUGCUUUGCCGCCGGUUUGUGUUGAGGAGGCGCAUGCUUUGUGGCCGCCCUGGCUUUAG